AGGGAAAUAAACUUUUAGGGCUCCCCGACUCGCUUCCUCUGCCUCUGUCGCUCGCUGAGCCGUGCUGUGAAGGGGACUUGCGCGUUGUCCAAGUUCCGCGUCGAGGGUUGAGUAAGUCUGAACCACCUGCUGUUUCGCGGACGAUCAUCUUUCGGAGCAAUCUAGCAAAAUGGUUGAGCAGCUUACCGAGGAGCAGAUUGCUGAGUUCAAGGAGGCUUUCAGCCUGUUCGACAAGGAUGGCGAUGGCAGCAUUACCACCAAGGAACUCGGCACCGUUAUGCGGUCCUUGGGACAGAAUCCCACUGAGGCUGAGCUUCAGGAUAUGAUCAAUGAAGUGGACGCCGAUGGGAACGGUACAAUCGACUUUGCGGAGUUUUUAAGUCUGAUGGCCCGGAAAAUGAAAGACACCGAUUCCGAGGAGGAGCUUAAAGAGGCCUUCCGUGUGUUCGACAAGGACCAAAAUGGUUUCAUCAGCGCAAUGGAGCUCCGACACGUGAUGACCAAUUUGGGCGAGAAGCUUACCGACGACGAAGUGGACGAGAUGAUCCGCGAGGCAGACGUCGACGGAGAUGGCCAGAUCAACUACGAAGAGUUUGUGAAGAUGAUGAUGGCCAAGUGAUUAGCUCUAGAAUUUUUGCCAAUCAAUGUCUUCUCAUGUGUAGUUACAACGAGUGGCGUUUUGAUGCCUCAUCAUUGUUUCCGCGUGUAGGCUCUGCCUCCCUAUGCGGACAGACCUCGGGAAGUUAUCGUAGUCGGUUGUGUGAAUCACCGCCUAUUCUGUAGAUUUUCUUACCGUCAGUCUUUUUAUCCGCAAACCUGUCUUCCUUCCCAUCCUACAGUGAAGGAAGGCUCGAUCUUUAUUAUUAGUACGGUUUCCGAAGGUGAGUUGUAGCACUCUUCCUCUAAUCUUGUGCUUCGUGCACCCACUUUCGCUCUCAUUUUUUUCUUUUUGAAGUAUCUUCACUCCUUUUUGUCAGCGAGGAGUAGAGAGUCAGGUCCUCGCACUCAAAAUCUAUGGCUGCCGCUUUACGUCUCAUCGGCAAGUUUCAUUUCGUUAUUGCCGCCCGAUCGAUGCGUAUACCAUAAAAUAGCUCUCCAUUUACCAGUUCCGAACUCCGAUCGACUACUGUACAAAUAUUUUUCAAAGUUAUAUUCUCAAAUAUUUGCAUACAGUGGAUGAUAGUUUUACGUACUUGGUAGUUGUAAGUACUCUAGAAAGCAGGAUCAAGCCGUUAAGCUUGUAGUGUUAGCACCCCUUUGAUGCAUCGGAGAGAUCGUGAGACUUUUGAUCUUCGGUCUGCGAAAUAUAACUACAGAUGCAUUCUUAAGGAUGCAGUUCGGUGAAAAUUGGAAGUACUUUCGUUGAGAAGACGUCAUCCCCUGGUCAUUUCUCAAUAAAAUUGUGUCCAAAAUUCGCCUGCUUCUCAUUGUC